AGGACCCUCGGGCUGCGCAUCUCGCGGCUACCGCUGCGGCUGCUUCGCCGCGGCCGCCUCCUGGCUCCACCACUGCCUGGAAGGGCAGGGCUACUCUGAGGCUUGGCGGGAAAAAGAACAGAGGGGAGGGGCCGUACCUUCUCGGUAUAAAAGCCAGUUUUCUGGGCUUUAUCUGACUCGCUGUAGUAAUUCCAGCGAGAGGCAGAGGGAGCGUGCGGGCGGGCCCUCCAGGGUGGAAGAGCCGAGCCAGCCUAGCGAGCGGAGUCGCGCUCCGGGCGCCCGGGGAAGGGAGAUCCGGAGUCAAAGGGGGGCUUCUGCGCCUUCAGCCCGGCCGGACCCCACCUCACCCACCCUGCUAGCGGUCCGCCACCCGCGCCGCAUCCGCGAAACUUUGCCCACUGGAACUUACAACACCCGAGCGACACCAAGACUCCCCGGACGCAGAGAAGCUCUUCUGCCUUUUUGGGGAGACACUUUCCCCCGCCGCUGCCCACGACCCGCGCCUCUGAAAGGCGCUUCUCGCCGUUUUUUGGACGCUAGAUUUCCUUCGGAUAGUGGAAAUACGGGCUGCAGCGAUGCCCCUCAACGUCAGCUUCGCCAACAAGAACUAUGACCUCGACUACGAUUCAGUGCAGCCUUAUUUCUACUGCGACGAGGAGGAGAACUUCUACCACCAGCAGCAGCAGAGCGAACUGCAGCCGCCGGCGCCCAGCGAGGAUAUCUGGAAGAAAUUCGAGCUGCUGCCCACCCCGCCCCUGUCCCCUAGCCGCCGCUCCGGGCUCUGCUCGCCGUCGUACGUCGCGGUCGCCUCCUUCUCGCCCAGGGGAGACGACGACGGCGGCGGCGGCAGCUUCUCCUCCGCGGACCAGUUGGAGAUGGUGACCGAGCUGCUGGGAGGCGACAUGGUGAACCAGAGCUUCAUUUGCGACCCCGACGAUGAGACCCUCAUCAAAAACAUCAUCAUCCAGGACUGUAUGUGGAGCGGCUUCUCGGCCGCCGCCAAGCUAGUCUCGGAGAAGCUGGCCUCUUACCAGGCUGCGCGCAAAGACGGCGGCAGCCCGAGCCCCGCCCGCGGGCACGGCGGCUGCUCCACCUCCAGCUUGUACCUGCAGGACCUGAGCGCCGCCGCCUCCGAAUGCAUCGACCCCUCGGUGGUCUUCCCCUACCCGCUCCACGACAGCAGCUCGCCCAAGCCCUGCGCCUCCCCGGACUCCACCGCCUUUUCUCCGUCCUCUGACUCUCUGCUCUCCUCUGCUGAGUCCUCCCCGCGGGCCAGUCCCGAGCCCCUGGCGCUCCAUGAGGAGACCCCACCCACGACCAGUAGCGACUCUGAGGAAGAACAAGAGGAUGAGGAAGAAAUUGAUGUUGUUUCUGUGGAAAAGAGGCAGCCCCCUGCCAAAAGGUCAGAAUCGGGGUCACCCUCUGCAGGCAGCCACAGCAAACCUCCUCACAGCCCGUUAGUCCUAAAGAGAUGCCACGUGUCUACCCAUCAGCACAAUUACGCAGCGCCCCCCUCCACUAGGAAGGACUAUCCCGCCGCCAAGAGGGCUAAGUUGGACAGUGGCAGGGUCCUGAAACAGAUAAGCAACAACCGCAAAUGUGCCAGCCCGAGGUCUUCGGACACGGAGGAGAAUGACAAGAGGCGGACACACAACGUUUUGGAGCGCCAGAGGAGAAACGAGCUGAAACGCAGCUUUUUUGCUCUUCGUGACCAGAUCCCAGAGUUGGAGAACAAUGAAAAAGCCCCCAAGGUAGUUAUCCUUAAAAAAGCCACAGCGUACAUCCUGUCGGUCCAAGCAGAGGAGCACAAGCUCCUGUCAGAAAAAGACGUGUUGCGGAAGAGGCGAGAACAGUUGAAACUCAAACUUGAACAGAUACGGAACUCUUGCGCCUAAAUUGACCUAUUGGAGGGAGGAACUGGACUCCCUAAGGAAAUUCUCAUUUGUUACUAAGGGAAAGUGAGGGAAAAGGUUCCUCUGUCAACUCCUUACAUAGGAACAUCUUUCAUAUGCAUGAACAACCUCACAACCUUGGCUGGAUCUUUAAGACUGAAAGAUUUAGCCAUACUAUAAACUGCCUCAAAUAGAACUUUGGGCAUAAAAGAACUUUUUUUUUAUGCUUACGAUUUUUUUUUUUUCCUUUAACAGAUUUGUAUUUAAGAAUUGUUUUAAAAAACUCCUGAAUUUCACCCAAUUUUCCUUUGUAAAUAUAGCCAUUAAAUGUAAAUAACUUUAAUAAAAUUUAUAGUAGGUAUUCCUACUAUAAUAUAGGUAUAAUUUUUUUAUUUAAGUACAUUUUCCUUUUUAAAGUUGAUUUUUUUCUAUUGUUUUUAGAAAAAAUAAAAUACCAUCAAAUAUAUAAUUGAGCCAAA